AUGUUAGGCAGUAAGAUUUGUCUAUUGUUGCUUGCAUGUUGUGUUGUUUCCCUACUUUUGGUCAACUUCCAAACAGUUAAUAGUUCAAGACCCAAUUGUUCUGAUCCAUUACCUAAAGAUUCCAGUCAAUUUAGAAGAAAUACCUUGCAACAUGCUCUUGAGGAAGAAUCUCUUCUUCAAGAAGAUGACAUGGACCACUUGAACACCUUGAGUGCUGUCACUUUGAAAGGUGGCAGAGGUGGUGGAAGAGGUGGACGUGGUCGUGGUGGUGGAGGUAGAGGUAGAGGAGGACGUGGUUCAAGAGGAAGUAGAGGAUCCAGAGGUGGUAAAGGAAGUAGAGGAAGCAAAGGUGGUUCAAGAUCAUCUUCUGGAAGAGGAAGUAGAGGAAGUAGAGGAGGUGGAAGAGGUAGAGGAAGCAGAGGAAGUAGAAGUGGAUCAAGAUCAUCCUCAAGAUCUGGAAGAAACAGUGGAAAGAGUAGAGGUGGAAAAGCUUCUUCGUCAUCAUCAUCUGCUUCUUCUAAGGGAGCAAGAAGAUCUGCAGCAUCCAAAGCUAAAGCUACCAACAAAUCACCAACCGAUUUGGGAAGAGUUUCGGUUACUGCCAGACGAACCUCCAAAACUAAAACAACUCAACAACAACAACAACAAGAAUCCAAGGAAACUAAAAACAAUAGAACCAAAUCAGGAGGAGAAGGUUUACAUAUUCCAUUUACAAUGGAAGCUCUCAAUAUCAUGUUCAAGGCCAAGAAGAAAUUUGACGGAUUUUUGGGACCUCACACUCAAAGACUUCCUCCAAUUCCAUUCGUUUCUGAUAAACAAACAUCUUGUGUGGCAUGUAGAGUUGAUUGCCUUAAAAGAUGGAAUGGUUUGGAUAGACGUUCCAUUUUUAGUAAGUGUAAGAAACAAUUUUACUAUUAUGGAUGUGAAAAAAUUGCUCCAUGUUUGAGAACGAGAGGAAAUGGAGCAAAUUUAGAGGAAGUUGAAGGUAUGUUAGGUAUUUGUUAUGAUAGAAAUGGUUGUGAAUUGGACAGACUUGUCGCCACUCAAUAUGUCAAACUUUAUGGAAUUGAAAAUGCGUCGAGAAGAAUUGCAGCUGAUAUCAUGUCUGAAAAUCAAGAUACUCAAUAA